UGGUUUUGAGUGUCUGUUUGGGAACUAGCAGGAGAGAAGAAGCCUGCAGGAUGAUUACUACAGAGAGGACGACACGAACAUUCAAAGAGACGAGGAAACCAGCCAUAAGAAGUAUGCACCAUGUCCUCUAAGGAGGAGACUUGUCGGAAUUCCUCGUCCCCUCCAUUGUUGUCGUCGUCCUCGUCAUCAUCAUCAUCACUUCCCUCCGUGUCUCACUUCAUUGGGAAGAAAGAGGACAUCAUCAGGGCAGGACGAGUGACCAAGCUGGUGAAUGGAUGCAGAGAUGUACUGGUCCUGUUCCACCAGGGGCAACUUCAUGCUAUGGACAUGCGCUGCUACCAUUCGGGUGGUGCGUUGCAGCAUGGAGACAUUGAGGAGUUCAAUGGACGACAGUGCAUUGUGUGUCCGUGGCACAAGUACAAGAUCACACUGGCAGAAGGGGAGGGGCUGUACCAGGCUGUAGACGAUCCUACAGUCAAACCCCUGAGAACACAUUGGCGCUCCAAGGGUGUCAAACAGAGGAUUCACCAGGUCACAGAAGUCAACGGGGAUGUAUACGUCACGCUUGAUGACUCCGUCGAGGCCAUUGAGUCGGACAUCUACCAGACUGAGAGAUACAGGACUGUCUUGGUAAAGGCCCAGCCAAAACCCAAGCCCAAGAUCUAGCCAUAUAUUGAAAGAGUCAUUGAUUAUACAAUCACAAUUACCUGAUUAUACAACCAAAAAUACCUGAAUGUUUCAAGUACAAUAUAGUACUUUUCCAUAUAUCUUAUGGACCAUUCAAAAUACUUUACAAUACAAGUAGCAUCACCCACACUGAGCAUUUAUAUGCAGCACUUUGUCUAUCACUCCAUUCACACACUGUCGGCACAGGGGCUUCGUAUCUUGCUUAAGGAAGGGCAGACUGGAGGAGCCAACCACAUUCUGGGUAGUGGUCGACCCUUUCCACCUCCUGACCAACAGCCCUCCUUACACUGCAGACAUUGAUCAAAUCUGUAAAUAAUAAUUUAUAAAUGUCUGGCAUUUAAGGACAUUUUGAAUGGAAUAUUUGUAUAGAUUAAAUGAGUUUGAAAUAUAUUUGUUUAUUUUUUAUAGGAAGAUUGAUUUUAU